AUGUCCUCCCCCUUGUCGGCCGAUGAUGAAGAUAUCUUCGAGCGCCUACAACAGCGCAAGGACCCGAAGCUUUUGGAAGAGCAGAAACAAGCUGUGAAUGAGCGGACACAGGCCAUUCUUCAGAAGGCUCAGGCUCGCCUCUCGGAAUUGCUUGACCAAAACUCGACUCUCCCAUGCACGAUCUCCUCGGUCCAGGUGUUGAGCGCACCACACACCCGUCGAAGCUUCCUAGAGAACAUCUUCAAACCUCUCCUUCGCGAAAACAAGGAUCGACCGUAUACUUUGUCCGAGACUUUGCGGGAAGUUUCGGCAACGGCUGACAAGCUGGGCCGAUUCGACUUGUUCCAGCAACCAAUUACCGUUCACCUGGACGAAUCCAGAAGGGGUGGCAAGACUGGACUCCGCAAUCUCGAUGUGAUCUUGAAUGUGCGGGAGAAGUCGCGUGUGCUUUUGAAGACUGGCACUGACCUUGGAAACACCGAGGGCUCGGCGUACGGUAAUCUUUUGUGGCGCAAUGUGUUUGGUGGCGCUGAAACCCUGAAUUUGAACGCCUCGUUGGGUACCCGGACUCGAUCUGCUUACCAGGCCGCAUUUGAGACUCCGCUCUUCUGUGACCCGGAUUUCCGCCUGGAGAUUGGCGGGAUUGCCAGCUCGACCCAAAAAUCGUGGGCGAGUCACGAGGAAGUGCUCAAAGGUGGUUGGAGCAAGCUAAGAUGGCUAUCUUCGUCCGGACAUCGCCAUGAGCUCGGCUAUAACGGUUUCUGGAGACAGCUCACUGGACUUGCCGAGAAUGCGUCACCAACAGUUCGUUCCGAUGCCGGCGACAGUGUGAAGAGUAGCAUCUUCCACAGCUGGGUCAACGAUCAGCGGGACAAUGCUAUGUUACCCUCUCGUGGAUACUACGCGAAGAUUUUCAAUGAAGUAGCCGGUUGGGGUCCCUUAAGGGGAGAUGUGUCUUUCUGGAAGUCAGAGAUCGAGGCUCAGGGUGCCGUUCCUAUUGCGAUUCCGGGAAUCAAAGGAGACAGCGGCAUUAGCCUCACCACUGGAUUCCGGGCCGGCUUGCUCGUCCCCCUGGGGCUGAAUCCGGACUCUCGUCCUCAGCUCUCUCGGAUCAACGAUCGUUUCUUCCUGGGAGGGCCGACUGAUGUCCGUGGAUUCCGCCUGUGCGGCAUCGGACCCCGCGAGGGAACUGAUGCUCUUGGGGGGGAUCUUUACGCGGCCGGAAGUGCGAACCUGCUCUUCCCUCUUCCCCGUGUGGGGGCUGACAAGCCUCUGCGGAUGCAAGUCUUCAUGAACGGAGGCCGGCUGCUACCCCUGCGGACUUCGCAAAAGGUUAGUCCCACCAACAGUGGCGAGGUACAGGAUGCAGUGAUCUCCACCAUCUCAGAUCUUCAAACAAACCUGCCCAGCAUUGCUGCUGGUGUUGGUAUUGUAUACGCCCAUCCAGUGGCGCGGUUCGAGCUGAACUUCUCCCUUCCCCUGGUCCUACGGAAAGGUGAGGAGGGCCGGAAGGGCCUGCAGCUGGGAAUUGGUAUCAACUUUUUGUAG